UGAUCUAAGAUCAUGUUAUCAUUUGUCUCACCAAACGCCUCCUUACUGUCCCAAAUUUGGGCAGCAUUGCUCUAACUCGAAAUUGGCUUCCCAGCCCCGGUCUUUAAUACCUCGAAGCAUUCUAUUUGAGGGGAGUUUGAGAACGGGAGAAAAACCCUAGUGGUCGAAGGAUUGGCUCCAGAACUCUCAUUUUUCUUCUUGUCAAUCGUGGCUUUGAUAGGGUUGACACUUUUGAGUAACCGCCAAUGGCUUCCAAGAGGAUUCUGAAGGAGUUGAAGGACUUGCAGAAGGAUCCUCCCACAUCUUGCAGCGCUGGCCCUGCAGCUGAGGACAUGUUCCAUUGGCAAGCGACUAUCAUGGGACCUGCUGACAGUCCCUUUGCAGGUGGUGUGUUUCUUGUGACAAUUCAUUUUCCACCAGAUUACCCUUUCAAGCCGCCCAAGACUGGAUUGCUGGAGAGUGUGAUGCUGAUAAUCAGUUGAUAACAUUCUGAUUAGCUGCAGAAAGGUUCUAUUCAUCCAUGAGGACAUAUACCUUGUUAAACUUUAAGUGCACUUUUCAUUCAAACAAAAGGUGACUUAUGAUGCAUGGUUAUUUUUUAGUAGGUUAGUUCAUAUGUGGUGGGAAGCAUACUGGCUGUUGUCUGGUAAAUGACUCCUUUGGGGAAUUUCUUCUCCUGAAGCUAAUUUUUGUGAGGAUUAAAGUGGCUGGCAUUUAUCUUGUCAGGCUAAUGGU